ACUAAGAUUUCAGAUUUGUUGCCUCUUGGUUUGCAUGGUGCACGUACGUAUUUCCUACCUUGUUCCUCACGAUCUGUUUGCCAGUGGAGCAUAGCGGCGGCGGAUGGACCAGCUCCUGCCGGCGGGCUUCCGGUCCUUCCCGGCGGACGAGGAGCUCAUCACCUGCUACCUCGCUAGGAAGGCCAUGGACGCCAGCUUCACCUCGCCAGCCAUCCGCGACGUCGAUCGACCUCUACAAGUCCGAGCCGUGGGACCUGCCAUGCGAGCUGCAUGCAGGAGGGCUACUUCUUCUGCACUAGGGGCAGCAAGUACCUGCCCGGCGUGCGCGCCCGCCGCGCGACGCGGUGCUGGUACUGGAAGUCAGACGGGGAAGGACAAGGCCGUGCACGGCAGGGACGGCCGCCUCGUCGGGAGGAGGAAGACGCUGGUGUUCUACCGCGGGAGGGCCCCGAGAGGGGAGAAGACAGGCUGGGCCAUGCACGAGUACACCAUGGGCGAGAGGAGCAGCAGCGCCCCCCUCAGAGGAGCACAGAGUGAGUGGGUCAUAUGCAAGGUGUUCGUGAGGAAGCAUCCGAGGGGUGACGAAAGGAAGGUGGCACCUGAGGAGGCGGUGCGUGAUCAGGACUCCACUCAAGGCCAUCUCCUUCCAGUGCUACCGGACGGUUGCGACGGUCAUGAGCAGGAGGCGGCGCCACCGGCUGUAGUCACCGACUCACAGCACACGAUCAGCCACUCCGGUGCCCAUGUCAUGGAGGGUAAUGAGAAGGAUCAUCAUCAACAACAACACCACCACCACCAAAUGGUCCAUGAGGAGCUGCUGCUGAUGAUAGACCACCAUGGUCGGUGCGGCGCCUCGCCAUCCUGGUUCAACCAUGAUGACCAGCUGGGAUCGCAUUGCUCCGCGUUGCCAGUCAUGCAGAUGCAGUCGGACGACGCAGAUUAUUACCUGCCGGGGUUGCUGGAGUACGACGGCUGUGACGACUUACCGAACGACGCUGGGUCGGGGUUGCUUGACACCGGCGGUGAGGUGAACCGACGUGCUGAGAUAAUCACCUCUGCCACCAUUGGCCCUCUUCACUUCGAUGGUUUCUACUGGAACUUUGGUUUCUGA